GCCAGCCCCCUCCAGCCGUUCCCGUUGGCCCCGCGGGCGGAGCGGAGGCAGCGGGGCCGCCGCCGGUGACCGACCGACCGACCGAGUGGAAGCGUCCUGCCCCGGAGACCUCGCUAGUGUUGUUCCAGACCCAGUACAGACAAAAUGUCCAGCAGGGGUGGAAAGAAGAAGUCUACCAAGACCUCCCGCUCCGCCAAGGCUGGGGUGAUCUUCCCUGUUGGAAGGAUGCUACGUUACAUCAAGAAAGGCCACCCCAAGUACAGAAUUGGUGUUGGUGCUCCUGUGUACAUGGCUGCUGUACUGGAGUAUCUGACUGCGGAAAUUCUGGAACUGGCUGGAAAUGCAGCAAGGGACAACAAGAAGGGUCGAGUCACUCCUAGGCACAUCCUGUUGGCCGUAGCAAAUGAUGAAGAAUUAAAUCAGCUAUUGAAAGGAGUCACCAUAGCCAGCGGCGGAGUCCUGCCCAACAUUCAUCCAGAGCUCCUGGCGAAGAAGCGGGGAUCAAAAGGAAAACUGGAAGCCAUCAUCACUCCACCUCCAGCAAAGAAGGCAAAGUCUCCAUCACAGAAAAAAACUGUAUCAAAGAAAACAGGAGGCAAGAAAGGGGCAAGGAAAUCCAAGAAGAAACAGGGAGAAGUGAGCAAAUCAGCCAGUGCUGACAGCACAACAGAAGGGACUCCUGCAGAUGGCUUCACAGUGCUGUCCACCAAAAGCCUGUUCCUUGGCCAGAAGCUGAACCUUAUUCACAGUGAAAUCAGUAAUUUAGCCGGCUUCGAGGUGGAGGCCAUUAUCAAUCCCACCAAUGCUGACAUUGACCUUAAAGAUGACCUAGGGAGCACUCUGGAGAAGAAGGGCGGCAAGGAGUUUGUGGAGGCUGUCAUUGAGCUCCGCAAAAAGAACGGACCCCUGGACAUAGCCGGAGCUGUUGUCAGUGCUGGCCAUGGACUGCCUGCAAAAUUUGUGAUCCACUGUAACAGCCCAGGCUGGGGCUCAGACAAAUGUGAGGAGCUGCUGGAAAAGACAGUGAAGAACUGCUUGGCUCUGGCUGACGAGAAGAAGCUGAAAUCAAUUGCCUUCCCCUCCAUUGGCAGUGGCAGAAAUGGCUUCCCAAAGCAGACAGCUGCUCAGCUGAUCCUGAAAGCCAUCUCCAGCUACUUUGUGUCAACCAUGUCCUCCUCAAUCAAGACGGUGUACUUCGUGCUCUUCGACAGCGAGAGUAUAGGGAUCUACGUGCAGGAAAUGGCCAAGCUAGACGCCAACUAAGCCUAGAAAGCUGCAGCAACCAGCCCCUGGUCCUCCCCAAGCCCUUAACUCCUCGUGCAGCAGAGCAGCCCUCCUUUGAAAUGUUGCUGACCUGGGGGAACGCGGGGGGGGCGUUGGGUCGGUCGGGGAGGGCUUUUGUUCUGUUUUUACUUUCUCAAGCCGUUUUCUGUUGGCACUGAUAGCUGGCAUUACUGCUGUUAAUGCACUGUGUCCCAGGCAUUGUCUGACCUUAGUGUAAUCUAGGAGAUUUUAUAGUUUUAUUUUCCUGAAGUCUGACCGAAGCAGGAAGCUGGUAGGAGUUGUAGUCUUUUACUCGUGAGAGCAGCAGGCCGCCCCCUUUUGUAACUGUGUCGUGGUGCUUCACCCAACCCCCAGUGGUGUCCCAGUCUUUUUUUAAAGGAACAGAAGCUGUCGACCUGAGUUGUGUUUGUUUAUUGUCUCCAUGAUGAAUCUGGGAGGGAAAACAAAA